AUGGCGUCUGGUGGGGACCCAGAGGAAGAGCAGGUGGUCCCAGAUGAGGAGGACGGAGCCACCGUGCGGGCGGUGCAGGCCCACUACCUCCGCAGUCCCUCCCCCAGCCAGUUCUCGAUGGUCUCGGACGCAGAGACGGAGAGCAUUUUCAUGGAGCCCAUUCACCUUUCCUCGGCGGUGGCGGCCAAACAGAUCAUCAGUGAAGAACUCAAGCCUCGGAGGCUCAGAGCAGACGCAGAGUGUCCGGGCAUGCUGGAGUCUGCUGAGCAGCUGCUGGUGGAGGACCUGUACAACCGGGUCAGGGAGAAGAUGGAUGACACCAGCCUCUACAACACCCCCUGCGUGCUGGACCUGCAGCGGGCCCUGGUCCAGGACCGCCAGGAGGCCCCUCGGAACGAGGUGGAUGAGGUCUGGCCCAACGUCUUCAUAGCUGAGAAGAGCGCAGCUGUGAACAAGGGGCGGCUGAAGAGGCUGGGCAUCACCCACAUCCUGAAUGCUGCCCACGGCACCGGUGUCUACACUGGCCCUGAAUUCUACACUGGGCUGGAGAUCCAGUACCUGGGCGUGGAGGUGGAUGACUUCCCCGAGGUGGACAUCUCCCAGCACUUCCGGAAGGCUGCGGAGUUCCUCGAUGAGGCACUGCUGACCUACAGAGGGAAAGUCCUGGUCAGCAGCGAAAUGGGCAUCAGCCGGUCGGCAGUGCUGGUGGCGGCCUACCUGAUGAUCUUCCACAACAUGGCCAUCCUGGAGGCCUUGAUGACCGUGCGCAGGAAGCGGGCCAUCUAUCCCAACGACGGCUUCCUGAAGCAGCUGCGGGAGCUCAACGAGCAGCUGAUGGAGGAGAGAGAGGAGGACUGCGGCCCAGAGGGAGCCGGCCAGGGCCAGGAGGCCCGGGGCACCCUGGGGGCGCGAGCGCAGCUGACGGUGGAGGAGGAGGACGAGGCCACCAGCCACCUCAGCGGCUGCUCCCUGGGGAGGGCCAGCCAGGCCUCCGAGCCCCUCACCCUCAUUGACGAGGAGGAGGAGGAGAAGCUGUACGAGGAGUGGAAGAAGGGCCAGGGCCUCGCGGCGGGCAGCACGGCCGGGGGUGGGCAGUGUCCAGGGCCGGCCUCUUCGCGCCAGGCCAGCCAGGAGCAGGAGCUCGAGGACCAGGGCGUGGAGAGGAUCGUCCAGGAGUGGCAGAGCCGGAACGAGAGGUACCACGCCCAGGGCCACCAGCGGUGGGCCCUGGAGGAGGAGGACGAGGAGGUCGAGGAGGAGGAGGGCAAGUCCGCGCGGAGGCGCAGGCGCGCGCGGAGCCAGAGCAGCGUCUCCGAGAGCGAGAGCGCGCUCAGCCGGGAGGCGCGCGUCCUGCGGCAGCUGGAGCUCGGCGGCCCCAGCCCGGGCGCCCGGCGCCGCUCGGACUCGGUGUCCACCGAGAGCACGUGGGACCUGUGGAACGAGAGGCUGCUGGAGAUCGAGAGGGAGGCCGCGCGGGAGUUCCGCUCCAGGAGCAGGAGGGAGGAGGAGGCCGGGAGCACGGGGCCCGAGGAUGACCAGCAGAGCGUGUGCUCCGAGGCCAGCUCCUUCUACAACUUCUGCAGCAGGAACAAGGACAAGCUCACUGCCCUGGAGAGGUGGAAGAUCAAGAGAAUCCAGUUUGGAUUUCACAAGAAAGACCUAGGGGCGGGAGAGGGCAGCGGUGAGGCGCAGGGCCCCGAGGAUGCCCCAGAGGAGAGGAACCCCCCGGACGUCAACCUGACGGCCUACCAGGCCUGGAAGCUGAGACACCAGAAGAAGGUGGGCAGCGAGAACAAGGAGGAGGUGAUGGAGCUGAGCAAGGCGGAGGACGCCGUCCUGGCCAAGAAGAGACAGCGGAGGCUGGAGCUGCUGGAGAGGAGUCGGCGGACGCUGGAGGAGAGCCAGUCCACCGCCAGCUGGGAGGUGGACGGCUCCGUGGCCAGCGGGAGCAUCCCCCUGUCCGCCUUCUGCUCUGCAGCCUGCUCCGUCAGUGCUAAUGGGGACACAGGGUCAGUACUGAGCGCCCAGAGCCACCACUCCCACCUGUCCCAGGCAGCCAGCAGCAUCGGGGGAUGCUCGGCCGCCAACCCCGGCACCCCCCUGCCCAGCCUGCCAGUGGGGCCUGGAGACACCAUUUCCAUCGCCAGCAUCCAGAACUGGAUUGCCAGCGUGGUCAGUGAGACCCUGGCUCAGAAGCAGGGUGAAAUGCUGCUGCUGUCUCGCUCACCUUCCGUGGCAAGCAUGAGGGCAGGGCCAGCCACCAGCUGCCUGGGGGACGACCAAGUCUCCAUGCUCAGUGGACAGAGCAGCUCCCUUCUGGGUGACCGCCUGCUGGGUCAGAGCCAGGCAAGGCCCAGCUCCGACUCCCAGUCCAUGCUGUCCUCCAGCACCUCACUGAGCUCCAGGGCCGAAGGGGCUGGGAGCAGGGUCAGGGGGACCAGCAAGCCCAUCUACAGCCUCUUUGCUGACCAUGUGGACCUCAAGGAGCUGGGCCGCAAGGAGAGGGAGAUGCAGAUGGAGCUGAGGGAGAAGAUGUCUGAGUACAAAAUGGAGAAGCUGGCCUCCGACAACAAACGCAGCUCCCUUUUCAAGAAGAAGAAGGUCAAGGAAGAGGAUGAUGGUGCUGGUGAUAAGGAUGGGGACACAGACAGCGCCAUCGGGAGCUUCCGACUCUCUUCCCGCAGUAACUCCCAAAAGCCUGAAACGGACGCCUCUUCCUCCCUGGUGGUCUCUGACCACGGCAGGAGAGGCAGCAGAAAUGGCAAGGAGAUGGACAGCAGCAUCAAUAAGUGGCUCAGUGACCUCAGGACCGAGGAAGACUCUCCUCCCCAGAGUGACUGGUCUGGCAGCUCCAGGGAGAGGUAUAGCAGAUCUUCCCUGCACCGGGAAACCGAGUCCAAAUCCUCCAGUUACAAGUUCUCCAAAUCCCGGUCAGAGGAGCAGGACACCUCCUCCUACCACGACGUGGACGGCAGCUCUGUGAGGAGCACUUCCCGUUUCUCCUCAUCCUCCACCAGGGAGGGCAGAGAGACACACAAGUUCUCCAGGUCCACAUUCAGUGAGACCUCCAGCUCCCGAGAGGAGAGCCCCGAGCCCUACUUCUUCCGCCGGACCCCUGAGCCCUCCGAAGGGGAAGAGUCCCCAGAGCCACGGCGCCGGGACUGGGCUAGGCCCAGGGGCUGGGAGGACGUGGAAGAGUCAUCCAAGUCGGACUUCUCUGAGUUCGGAGCCAAGAGGAAAUUCACCCAGAGCUUCAUGAGGUCUGAAGAGGAAGGCGAGAAAGAGAGGACAGAAAACAGAGAGGAGGGCAGGUUUGCCUCUGGGCGGAGGAGCCAGUAUCGGAGAAGCACAGACAGAGAGGAAGAGGAGGAGAUGGACGACGAAGCCAUCAUCGCCGCUUGGAGACGCCGGCAAGAGGAGACCAGGACUAAGCUGCAGAGGAGGAGGGAGGACUGA